AGACACACAAACACACACAAGCACACACACAAGGUGAUCAUCAAGGACACAUGAUAUUCCUCUUUGGGCAGCGUGUUCGUGAGAAGGCAAGGUGGGACAAUAUAUCUCCCUUCCUCGUGAGCCAUUCAAAACAGGCGAUUGAGAAGAGUGGACCCACACGGGCACACGUACAGACAGGGAACAUGUUCACUUUGGAUGUCUUCUGUUGUGGAGCGUUGAUGCUCUGCUGCACCCGGCUCUGUGUAGCCCACCGCCCCAAACUGACAGAGCACACCUUCCCACCAACAGAGACCUCAUCAGCCUCCAAAGUCUCUCAUCCCGUCUUCUACAACGCACCAUGCUUCGUGGAUGACAUAUUCGCAGCGUUGUGUGAAGGUGUUGGGAGCGACGGUGAAUUCUCAAACCUCACUUUGACUCAGUUUGGAAUCUGCGUGGGAUCUGAUAGCUUGUCUGACUCCGUCUUAUCACAGCUUGCGAAGGAAGCGAGCAGGAACCAGAGAAAUGGAUUGGAGGUUUUGCAUCCAACUGGAGGGCUCUUUGUAGAGGAAGAUAAGAGUGGAAUGCUCAUGUUGACCUUUGACCUCCCACAGUCUCCUUUGUUCGAGCUGAGCCCCGUGCUGCUCUUGGUGUUUGAAAGUCCCCUCUCCGGAGGAAACCUGGAUGUCAAUUUCAAUAGUCAGUGGCUGCACCCCAACACACAGUCUGUGUGCAUUUCAGGAGAAACGCAGUACAUAAUGCUGACAGGAAAAGCAUCAGAGGCCAACAUUCACCAGAAAUGGGUGAUUUCUGUCGAAACUAAAAAGGCUGAAAUGAACCAAAGCCUAAAAGACAUCUUUAUUGGUGGAAAAUCAGGAAGUAACAUCAGCAUGACCCCACUUCUGCUUUUCUCUGGGGAAAGAGGAACUGAUACAAGAUAUACACACACUUCAGGUUCAUCCCCGGCCUCUUCACAGAACUCCUUCCUCUGCGAGCUGAAGAGGUUCCUGGGUGAUGUCAUGCCUCAGGAGCUGUCGGAGUCCCCCCCGCUCCGGCUGGACUCCUUACAGUCCCUGCCUCCUCUGAAGCUAGGCUUAUCCUCCAGUGACGGCCUGCUGGCAGGACUGAUCAACUCCUCUUCCCCAACCAUUUUCUCCUUCAUUAGCUGGAGCUCCAUGUUUCAGGUGCAUCAUGGAGAACUGGCCAUGUCUCCUGCACUGCUGGAGGAGCUCAGCCAGAGGUUGGAGCAGAGUGUAUUAAAGAUGAUGGAGGUGAUACGGGACGAGGAGGUGGGUCACAGAGCCAUGGCGAGGCUAGGAAGGCUCAAAGAACUCAGCGCGUUUCCAAAGAAGGAACCGGCAGCAGGAGAGAGCCAGUAUCGUGCAUUUCUUCUGCUGAAGGCCCUGCAGACGGUGGCCCGUGCAUAUGAGUUGCAGAGAGGACUGCGGGCUACGAGAGCGGGCCCCAACAAUGCAGAGGGGCGCAACAUAUGUGGUCUGAGGAGCCUCACUAUGUCUUUUGUUACGCUUUUUACGGGUCCAAACACUGCCAACAUCAACAACUGCCAUGGCUCUUGUGCUUUCCCCCUGUUGUCCAAUACCAAAAACCAUGCCGUUCUGCUCAACUUACACAUUGGGAGUGGGAGAGGGAAUGUGGACGAGCGGGCGCCGUGCUGUGUGCCUGUGGCCUACGAAGCCCUGGAGGUGGUGGAACUGCAAGAUCACGGGACUUCCAUUACCAUUAAACCAAAUGUGGUGGCAAAAGAGUGUGAAUGCCGCUAAAGCUGUUUUCCUUUUGGAGUGUAGUUAGUUGUGACACAAAAGAUAUUUUACAUAUUUAACUUACUUACCCUGGGCUUUUUGACUUUAGCUGGCAAACACCGUUAACUCGCACAUCCUACCCACCCCACAGUGACACAAAACUGGUUGGAAAUCCACAGAGUUUGCCUUUAAUUGUUACUUUAGUGUCAUUUAUUCAAUAACACAGUAUCAAUACGCUAUUAGUGAAUGCACGUUAAUUCACAGACAUCUCCUUAAGCUAUACUUUCACAUAUCUAGACAUUGUAUUAUUUGCAUUUUUCUCACAUUUACAACUAAUCAUUUUUAUGCAAACCAAAAAGUUGAAUAUGAGUAUCAUCAUCUUCCACUGUAAACAUUUCAUUUUUAUUAUAUAAGAAGUCAUUUAAAUAAAAAGCCAUUGUUUAUUCAGGGCAAACCUCUUAUCAUCCAUAAGACAAUUUUUUGUGCUUUAAUCAAGAGUUCAGUUAUCAUUGAAAACAUUGUCUUACCAUAUGUCACACUAACCAAACUUAACCUCCCAGAUUAAUAUAAAUUAUUGUUCUGUACUUGUCUUAAUGUCUGUAUGUUUUAAAACUGUCCAAAUGUCCUACGGCUUCAUUUUAUGUUUUAUGCACCAAUAAUAAAAGAAUAUAUGGUUCUAAAACUA